AUGAGCAUGAGCACAGGCAACGCGCCUACAGCAGGUGCUCCCACCCCACCGCAGGAAGAACAACCGAAUGGCGCAUAUGCCAGCUAUGUACCGCACGAUCUCAAAUACCAUGCCGACUUCGAAGAUUCGCUCAUGCAACCUGUUCUCAACGGACCAUCAAAUCAGGAUGGCAUACGCGUCAUACCAGAAGGCAGUGCAGAUAUUCCAGUGGAAGGCGUUUCGGUACGUGCCCAGGACAUAUCUAUUGAAAGCCUCCCUAGCAUCAGCGAAGAGGAACUGCCACUGCCGCUCGAUGACCCACGGCGUCAAUUCGCCAGUCCUGUGCCUGGAAUUAAGCUCACGCAUCCUGGGGGCUAUCUAGAAGGCGGGCCAGGGCUAGACCCGGACAUGGACACCUUUGCAGAGGACUUCUUUGACAGAAAUAGGCAUGUUACCACGUCAGAGGAUAUGCGCGCUGCCAUUCAGAGAGAGAUUGACGAGAAUAAGGAACUGCUGCAGGAAAGACUCCGGGCGCGGCAGGAGGCCAAGGAAAAGAAUGAGCGAAUCGAGAAGGAGUUGAAGCUUAUGCAGGAGGAGCACGAGAUGGAGCGAAAGGUGAACAAGAGGAUGGCAGAGAGUCGAAAGGCGAAGAAGGAGGCCAAGGAACGGCGCAGGGCGGAGAGGGAAGGAGGCUGA